AUCCCCGCCCCUCGCUGCCCAGGGCAAGCAGAGAAGGCGGAAGUAGGGGCGUCCGCGGCUGGGGCUGGGGCUCCGGGCGGCCCGGGGUCGCGGCCGAAGAGGCCUUCGAGUGGAGAGAUUGGCGUGCAGGCAGUCUCAGCUCGGAGUGAGGAGUCUUGGCGGAGCGGAGUCGUGCGGCCGGGUGGAGUCGGUGGCCCAGCGGACGGGAGCGAGCGGUUGAUAAUUACGUUACUAUGAGUCUGCUAAACUGUGAAAACAGCUGCGGAUCCAGCCAGUCUGAGAGUGACUGCUGUGCCGCCAUGGCCAGCUCCUGUAGCGCUGCGGCGAAAGAUGACAGUGUGAGUGGAACCGCCAGCACAGGGAACCUCUCCAACUCUUUCAUGGAAGAGACCCAGGGGUAUGAUGUGGAGUUUGACCCGCCCCUGGAGAGCAAGUAUGAGUGCCCCAUCUGCCUGAUGGCUCUCCGGGAGGCAGUGCAGACACCGUGCGGCCACAGGUUCUGCAGAGCUUGCAUCAUCAAAUCAAUAAGGGAUGCAGGUCACAAAUGUCCAGUUGACAAUGAAAUACUGCUGGAAAAUCAACUAUUUCCUGACAAUUUUGCAAAACGAGAGAUUCUUUCUCUGGUGGUGAAAUGUCCAAAUGAAGGUUGUUUGCACAAGAUGGAACUGAGGCAUCUUGAGGAUCACCAAGCACAUUGUGAAUUUGCUCUUAUGAAUUGUCCUCAGUGCCAGCGUCCCUUCCAAAAAUGCCAACUUAAUAUUCACAUUCUCAAGGAGUGUCCAAGGAGACAGGUUUCUUGUGUAAACUGUGCUGCAUUGAUGGCAUUUGAAGAUAAAGAGGCACGUACCAGCUUGGAUUUGUUAAUUUCCCUACUUCUUAAAAAAAAUGUUAAUGUACAUUUGAGGAUCCAUGACCAGAACUGUCCUUUGGCAAAUGUCAUCUGUGAAUACUGCAAUACCAUGCUCAUCAGAGAACAGAUGCCUAAUCAUUACGACCUGGACUGUCCUACAGCCCCAAUUCCAUGCACAUUCAGUACUUUUGGUUGCCAUGUAAAGAUGCAGAGGAAUCACUUGGCACGCCACCUGCAAGAGAAUACCCAGUCGCACAUGAGAAUGUUGGCCCAGGCUGUUCAGAGUUUAAGCCUUGCAUUACCUCCUGUACCUCAGUGUGAUAUGCCUCCAUACGAUUCUUCCUCUGCGUCCCGGGUUUCCACUGGGUGUCACCCAGAGGUCCAGAAUUUCCAAGAAACCAUUCAGCAGUUAGAGGGUCGCCUUGUAAGACAAGACCAUCAAAUCCGAGAGCUAAUUGCUAAAAUGGAAACUCAGAGCAUGUACGUAAGUGAGCUCAAACAAACGAUUCGAACCCUUGAGGACAAAGUUGUUGAAAUAGAAGCACAGCAGUGCAAUGGGAUUUACAUCUGGAAGAUUGGCAACUUUGGGAUGCAUUUGAAAUCUCAAGAAGAGGAGAAACCUGUUGUCAUUCAUAGCCCUGGAUUCUACACAGGCAAACCCGGGUACAAACUGUGCAUGCGCCUGCACCUUCAGUUACCGUCGGCUCAGCGCUGUGCUAAUUACAUAUCCCUCUUUGUGCACACAAUGCAAGGAGAGUAUGACAGCCACCUCCCUUGGCCCUUCCAGGGUACAAUCCGCCUUACAAUUCUUGAUCAGUCUGAGGCACCUAUAAGGCAAAACCAUGAAGAGAUCAUGGAUGCCAAACCAGAGCUGCUUGCCUUCCAGAGACCCACAAUCCCACGGAACCCAAAAGGUUUUGGCUAUGUGACUUUUAUGCAUCUGGAAGCCCUGAGACAGAGAACCUUCAUUAAGGAUGAUACUUUAUUAGUGCGCUGUGAGGUCUCUACCCGCUUUGACAUGGGUAGUCUCCGGAGGGAGGGUUUUCAGCCACGAAGUACUGAUUCAGGGAUGUAGCAUCCCUGCAUGUGUUUAAAAAAAAAAAAAAAAAAGCCGUCUGGAGAAAGCCGUCUUUCCUUGCCUUGUUCUCAGUAAUACGCAAACAAAAAAAGAAGUGGAAAGACAUUGUACCCAGCAGCGAAUGCUGUUACUGAGGUCACUUACCGCUUCUUCCCGUUAACGGAUCUCGGAAGCGGUUUUUCCCUUGGAACCUACAUGUUCCACAGUUUCACAAAGACUGGAGUGCCUGUGGCAUAUUGCAGCGGCUGUCUGUCUGUCAGUCAGUAUACCUCUUUGUUGCACUUCAUGGGCUUUUUUUGCUCCAGUGUGUUUUAUUGUCAAAAAGCCCAGGGUUGGAGUAGUAAAGCUCAAACCUUUUAAUAAUAAUGGACGUUCCUUAAAACUUCAGCUUAUUUUUAUAUUAUAUGUAAUAUAUUAAAUUUGAGAAUCACUA